CGAGUUGUAAGAUAACCCUUUACAGUUAGGUGAAGUUUUUUAGAAAAUAGAUAAAAAGAUGGCGCUUUAAAAAUCUCGACAACUGUACUCAACAAACGUGAAUAUCAAAGUGAAUAGACUCUCACUACAAAGCCAUCAUGGAGGACGAUGACUUGGACAGUUUUGUGGAGGCAGUGACCACCUACCGGUGUAAAUUCUGUGCCUUCACAGCGACAGAUACCAAGGAAGUCAGUCAGCAUGUUCGUGCUCUUCACAUCCCUGUCAAGAAGAUACUUCCUGAUGGUACACAUACAGCAGGGAGUAUAGCCUCAAAUGAUUUGCCUUUAGAAACAAUGCAGAAUGAAGUAAAUCAUUCCACGGCUAAAACUUUUCAUGAAACAAACAAUCUUAAUAGUCAAGUUGAAACAUUAGAUGUUCCUUGUAAUGGCCAAAUACUGUCUUUACUCAACAGUAAAAAUAAAGAUAGCGUUUGUACCAAAAGUGAUACAAAGGAAUCUGCAGCUUAUGUAUCUAUCGCUUCUGGCACGGCUGCAUUGAGUGAUUCAUGUGAAAUUCUGCCCUCAGUGGACAAUUAUAGUGCUGCCAUUGAAAACGAACACAAUGCCAAUAAUCAGCUUAUUACAGAAAGUGACGCAAGCCAAAUGAUAGUGGAGAACUGUGGAAAUGUUGACGUAAGCUCAAACAGAUUGGUGCAUGUACUUGUAACAAACCAACAAGAUUUGCAGAAUUCUGAAGUGGGCAAUACCUUGGAUUCCUCAACUCAGGCAGAUCCUUGCAAGUACAUUGAAGAAGAUCCCAUGUAUCAUUUCACUUCGAGUCGCUCACAGCAUGUCACAAAUGUGAAGCAUACCGUUGCAAAUGAAGUGGAUCCAUUAACAAAGGAACUCUACCUAUGUGGGACCUGCAGUGAGGGCUUUACGUCCAUCAAUGACUGCAAGCUUCACAUGACCAACAUUCAUGGAGUUACCGAGUUCCAGAUGGGAAACCUUCCGAGGAAAGUCGACACCGGAACGCAAAUGGAACACAAGAAACGGGGCCGUAAGAAAAAAUCUGAGUGCAUUCCAAAAGUGGAGCCAAUCGAUGCUGAUGAAAAUGCGGACAUUGAAAGUGUGGACAUGCCACUCUCAGGAUCUGACGAGGACUGGAUAGAAAGUCUGCAGACAUACAGCACUCGUAGCAGACGGAAAAGGCGACCACCUCCCGCACUGAAGAGCGACUACUACCUGGGACGCACCAAGAAGAAGGAAAAGAAGGAGGAGACACCGUCUGAUGUAAAGCCAAUUACAGGCUAUAGGUGUGAUGAGAAGAACUGUGGAGCGAAGUUUGCAGAGGAGACCUUGCUGGAGAAACAUCAGGAAUACCAUGUGAAGGAUCCUACACCAGGUGCAAAUCACUUCAAGUGCACAUCAUGUGACCAAACAUUUGCGGUCUGGAAAGCAGUGAAGAUUCACGCAUGGAAAUCCCACAAUGAAGACCUGGGUCUCUUCAAAUGCCAUUACUGCAGUUUCAGGACUGAUGCCUCGAGCAAAUUGAGGAUUCACAUGGAAAUUCAUGGCACUGACCGUCCGUAUGUCUGCGCGAAGUGUGACAAAGGAUUCAAGCAGUUUGCCCAGCUUAAGAAUCAUGAACAGACUCACCUGGAGAGGGAAAAGGUGCAACAUAACAUUGACGAUUCGCGUCGGAUAUGUGACGUGUGUAGCAGAGUGUUUGCCAGCCAGAAGUGCAUGAGGAUCCAUAGGGAGGCGGUCCAUAGCGGCCACAAACCAUUCAAGUGCAGCUUCUGUGAACAUACGUGUGCUAGGAAGGCUAUGCUCAUUCUUCACCAGCGAACACACACAGGGGAAAAACCAUUUAAAUGUAAUGUGUGCCACUACACGUGCAGCGACCACAACUCCCUACGGCGACACCGGAUGCGCCACACAGGCCUCAAGCCCUACAAGUGCCCCCACUGUCCCUACGCCUGCAUUCAGGCCAUCUCACUCAAGGUGCACAUCAAGAACAAGCACCCAGAUCUUGGUGGCAUUUUCUGCUGUAGUCUGUGCCUCUACAGAACCGUGAACGGUCAACAAUAUCAGAACCACCUUCUUGAUCACAAGAAUGGCCUUCUGCCUAUUGACGCAGAUUAUGUCGGUGCAAUCGAGCCCCCUCUCUCACACAGCGGUCUCACCCUCCAGCCCCGAAGGUCGCGGGCCAGUUAUGGCAGGCCGGUGGUGAAAACUAGUUUCUCAAGCACCAAGUUACCUGGGCAGGAAAACAUCUUGGGUUUUGUGCAGCACACAAAUACGGUCUCCGGCGGUCAGCAUGUGCUACAUAUUCCUGUGUCCGCCACUAGCGGAGAAGAACACCUGGCUCAGCUGCAAAUACAGCUCAAUGAAAACAGCGAGGCUUUGAUUUCUGCUGAAGAGUAUGAAAAGAUUGUUGACUAUGAAGGCUCGGAAUCUCAGUCAGAAAUAAACGCCACCAAUCUGAUCUACUCCGCGCUGUCUGCUAUUUCGAUGCAAUCCAAUGAUCAGAUGGAUCUUGGCAUGGAACCGCAUGAUCUUGUCUCGAAAAUUCAAAAUGGCGAUAUUCAGACAUCCAUAGAAACCAAUUUUAAUAAGGAUGGUGUAACGACGCACACGAUAACAUUCCGUCUGCCUGACGGUGGGGAACUGCUUGGUGGGGUGACGCUACAGGAGAGUUCAGAAGAGAAGGAGGCUGUGGAUGUACUGGAAGCGAAUACUUCAGGGAGUGAAUGGCAGAUUGUUAAUGACCAAACUAGUAUUGAAUUCAUUGAUGCAGGCUCGUGAUAAAACCUUCUUUGUAAUAUUUGUAAUUAAAUUGUUAUUGUUUAACUUAAA